GCGGCCUCAUCAGCACACGUACCUGCGGAAAGGCCCUACUAUCCUGCGCCCAAACCGAUUCGUAUUCAGGCAGAACAACCCACCUAUCCUGUGGCCGAGAAUGAGCAGCAGACCUGUACCCCACUCUAUGAACCAUGCUUGUCACCCUCCGAAUGCUGCAGUAAUCUUUGUGAAGUGGUAGUUUUUUUCAACUAUUGUAUCGAUGAACAUUUCUGGGACUAUAUAUACGACUACUGAGUGGU